GAGAGAGAGAGAGAGAGAGAGAGAGAGGAGUAUGUGGUUCAGAGAGGGUGAGAAUGGAAAUGUGAUCGAAAAGGUAGAAGAAGUAAAGAAAAUACAAAGGGAGGAAGAGAAAGUGUCGGUUCUGUGCUCUGAGCUCAGGAAUUACACAUACGAAACAUUUUCGCGCAAACUUGCUGAGAGUUGUCCUUGCCGGCGCGCGGACUGAGCUCGAGGUGGGAACAAGCGAAAAAAUACAUCUCCGGGAUGGUGGACUCCCGCUUCCCUCGCGCUGGCGGCCCGGGAAUCACGCGCCAUUGAAGGGGGGUGAUAUUGUGCAUGCGCUUUGGCUCCACUGCGUGCACGCUCGGGUCGGUCGAUGCGAGCACACUGGCGUGGCUCUCGGCCUCCAUUUGCCAGUUCGUGUUUAUGUUCGAGGGAUUCACCGAGGCCCUAUCAACGGCGACGACGACGUGCAACAGUUGGAGUUUCACCGUGAACGUUAUUAUUAUAUCGCCCCGGUAGGCCACGAGGCAUUCAACCGAUGUUGAAAGGUGAGGCGUUAGUGAAACCUGCAACUUUUCCAACUUGAUAUCAAAUGAAGUGGGAUGACCACAGCCAUUGGUGAUGCCUGUCACAGACUCUGUAUUCACAUCAAUGGAGGACCCUCAUGCAUUGGAGGAUGAGAAGGGGAGCUUGACUAACACCCCCUCCUCAGUUCCUCCUACAAAUAUCCCUUCCUCAACUCCUCGUGUUCUAACCACUACGAGACCUAAUUUCACUAGUGAGACCGUGAUUGAGACAAAAGCUGUCUCCAUGGCAAGUAAUGACUGCACCUUGCCUCUGUCUUCACCUGCUGAAGCUAGCCCAGCCAAGCCUGCUGUAACAUCACCUACUACCUUUGAUGGGACUGUUGAAACGAGCCCAGCUACCUCACGUAUAGCAUCAGCGUCAGACUCCCUAACAUGCACAGGGACAAGCCAUGUCAACAUUUCAGAAUCACCACCAUCGAUGCCUGUGUUGCCAUCUACCACAUUUGGCAGUCCAGACCUGGAAAAUGACUUUCCUGCUGUGCUGACCUUCAAAGGUGUCAGUGUCACUCUGGAGAAUAACAGUGUGUGGAAGCAGUUCUACAGCUGUGGGACUGAGAUGAUUCUCACUAAACAGGGGCGCCGCAUGUUCCCUUACUGCCGAUAUCGCCUGGCUGGCCUAGAUCCUGAGCGACAGUACAGUCUGGUUCUGUCCAUAGUUCCAUCGGACCAGUACAGGUACCGCUGGAGCACAUCCAAAUGGGAGAUCACUGGACCAGCAGAACACCAGACCCAGGGUCUGCUCCGGGCAUUUUCCCACCAUUACUCACCCUGUCGAGGCUCAGAGUGGAUGGGUGGCUUGGUGUCCUUCUACAAACUCAAACUGACCAAUAAUUCUCAAGAUCAGGAGGGUCAUAUAAUCCUACAAUCUAUGCAUCGCUACAUUCCUAGGCUACAUGUGAUACCUGUCCCAGAUGGGGAUGUACCCACGCCUGACCAGCCUGUGGUUAUGGGACCAGAAAGCAUGACCUUUACUUUUCCGCAAACUGAAUUCAUGGCUGUGACAACUUAUCAGAACUUUCGGAUCACCCAGCUGAAAAUUAGUCAUAAUCCGUUUGCAAAAGGCUUUAGGGAGGACGGGAACAAUUCCCGCCUAAACAGGGUCACUACAGAGGCUCAACCUGUGGUGAAGACAGACACUCAGCCUUCUGAUUUAAAACCUGCUGAAUUCAAUGAAAACACGGAGGAGGUUGUGGAUCUGAGCACGAAGAAUCACACCGUCGCUGCUUCUCUCUCAAAUGAGCUAGAGACCAGACUGGUCCUGAAGCCCAUAAUGUCUACCAAUGCCACUAAGGAUGAACCAUAUGUCCCCUGUAUAAGAGGCAAACAUGCCCUUCGUGAGCUUGUGCUUGUUCAAAAACGUCCACUUGCGGAACCCGCGGAAGAAACUCAUGCCGUCAGUGUAACCCCUAAGGUGCAGCGAGGCUUUAAAGUAACGCCUAAAGCAAUAUCCAUUACUCCCCCUUCCCCAAUGUCCACCCCGGGAUCCUCACCUGAGUGCCGCAAGAGGAGGAAGAGGAUCAACAGACGUUGGGCGAAUUCGCGGGGAAGAGAGUGGAAAGCUGUGGCUGCCUCCCCUACGGUAGUCCGCAGCCCAUCAUUGACUGUCGCUAUGCAACCGGAGCUGGAUGAUGUAGAAGGCCUGCUGUUUGUGUCAUUCACCUCAAAGGAAGCUCUCGAGGUUCACAUCAGGGACAAGCCAGCCAUUAGCAAAUCAUCAGCAUCUCCAGUUUCCCUAACAACACCGAUGCAGUUGAAGCAAACAAGUAAGCAAUUGGAGGUGAUUCCAGAGACUGGUGAGGAGAAGAGAGCCUGCUUGGAGGCAAUCCUGCUGCAGGACCUCAGAGUUCUCAAACACAGACAGGUCAUCCAUCCCGUGCUGCAGGAGGUGGGGUUGAAGUUGAGCUCCCUAGACCCAACCAAGUCCAUCGACCUGCAGUAUCUGGGGGUUCAUCUGCCGCUACCUCCCCCAAACCGACCAGAACAAGGCAAUGCCACGGCUCUGUCUCCGGGUGAUGAGGGAUUACCCUUCAUGUCACGGACAGGAAAGACAAGGGACAUGACAAAAAUAAAGGGAUGGAAAAGCAAGUUCAUAAGAAGCAAAGAAACGUCUCCUUCUAACUGUGAUGGAUCACAAAAGAACCUAUCUGCCUUCUGCAGCAACAUGUUGGAUGAGUACUUGGAAAGCGAAGCUCAGAAUAUCAGUGAGCGUGCUGCUGCCUUCUCCACAAACCCUGAGGGCUCGGUGGUCUAUCAGCUGCCUGCCAAAAGCUCCAGCUACGUAAAGACCCUGGACAGCGUACUCAAGCAUAAAAAUGCUGCUUCCAAAUUCCCAGUGGGGGCCACCAGACCAUGCCCCCUUUCCCACAAACCCCUCCUCUACUCUGCCUUGACGUCACCGGCUCCUCCUCUGGACAGCUGUGUUCAAGCAGCAGCUCAGUCUAUACAGCAGUCUGCAUCUUCACAUACGCAGCCAGGAGCAGCAAAGGCUACUUCUGAGUCUAGUUACACUAGUUCUGUUUCACAGAGAUUACCUACAUACCACACAGGGGUCAGCCAGAGACCAGCGGUGAGCUUUGGGCAGAGCCAAGGGAUGACACACAGGCCUUCAGGCUUUACUAAGCUCCAGUUCAGACUGUUGCUGAUGGAGAUUGGAGCCCUGAACCAGGGUCUGAGCAGAACACAGCUGACUCCAGACAGGCUGUCAGUGGCUCUGUCUGUAAUGCUGACAAAACAGAUGCUGCCCAGUCAGGUCUUGAAAGUAGUCCAGUAUCCAAAGUUUAAAGCUGAGGGACCUGAAUGUGGUCAGGAGUUCUGCAGACUGGGCUGUGUGUGUUCCAGUGUCCAGCAUCUGAACAGAGGUCCUCUCCACUGCCGGCGGCCUGACUGCAUGUUUGGCUGUGCCUGCUUCAAACGCAAGAUCACUAAGCAGAUGACUGCGCAGGAGAGUGAACAACAGAUCCAACCAGUUUACUCUAUGACUAAUAUGGAACAUGUGGUCCAGCCUCGCCCGGGCUCCCAUGCUAAUAAACUGUGGAACCGCAACAUUCAUGAUGUGGAUCCAGAGCCACUCUUCGUCCCCAGAAGUGCUCCUCUGUGUUUGGUCCCUUUAAAGAUCCUAAAACGCGGCAGUGUAGCUCGUCUAAUGCAACCGAUUCGAGAAGAGGAUAAGGAUCCAGUGUAUAAAUACUUGGAGAGCAUGAUGACAUGUGCACGUGUAAGAGAGUUCAACAGCAAGCCUCCUCCUGAUGUCACCAUAGAGCCCAAGAUCCCUGAUACUUCUACACCAAACACCAAAGCAAAACUGCAGAAGACAACCACUGAUAACAUGCCAAAAAAGUACCAUAGAACUAUACUGACUGUUAAAAAAGCAGCAGAAAAUAUUUCUCAGGAGACCACAUCCAAUGAAACAGAAGCGAGAAAGCAAAUAGAGAUCCAGUCGGCGUGUCAGUGGGACAAGGACCGCAAAAUGGUCCUGGAAGCUUUAUGUCGACGCAUGAAUCGGAAUAGGCUGUCUCAGGGCUUCUGCAUAGGACCUUACCGCAUCCGCCCUGUCGCCAAGAUCUUCAUGCGGAAGCCCAGCGGCUCCAUUGUCACCUACAGGGUACACAUCAGUAAACCAUCAAAAGCCAGUGAUAAUGAUGAAGACGAAUUUGAUGACAGCGAUGAGGAAAAGCAUGCCAAUAAAAGCCUUGAUGGGGACAUUGAUGCAGAAGAGGGAUAUGGCCAAACUGAAGAACCAGAGAUGCAGUUUGGAGUCACACCCUUCCUGAGUGGAGUGUUACCUGCUGGCAGACUGAGAGCCAGGACCAAACCUGUUGGCUGCCAAGCAUAUGGACUUAUACAGGUAAAUGGCAAAUCUUACAAUCAGGCCAGACUGUUGCUGGGGAACAUGGGAUCUCUACAUCCAGCCAACCGCUUUGCAGCAUACGUCACAGGCCGACUGCAUGCGCCCGCCGACAUUUCUCAUAUAAACUCUCAGAAAUCAGACCCUACAAACAAAAUCAACACUCCUGGUACUCUGCACAUAAAGGCUGCUGGCACAGUAGUCCCUCCAAUUAUAAUUGCAAGGAAAACCACUGAUCUGAAGACACCAGCACAACCACCAGUUCAGCUAUUCCAGACAGACUCUUGGAGAAAGGGACCCAUCACCAUGCCACAGUAUUCGCAACACUCCUCUACCAUCAGCCCUGUUCAGACUUUUGUCUCGGGCCAACGCAGCUCAGUCAGCCCCUUCCAGAACAGCUCCACGUCCUCGCCUGUCUCUCUCACCGUCUCGCCAUCACUCAAAAGCCCCAGCUUCCUAGGACAGAGUGGGACCUAUUCAUUCAGGAUCUGCCCUCCAGCUAACCAGGGCGCCAGAGACCAGAACCUACCAGGAGUUACCCUGCCCGGGGGCUUCACCCUCAUUCAACUUCCUAAGCCUGGAACUGAUGGAGCUGCACAACAAUCAGAAUCUGUGAACACUACAAACAUGGCUGGUAUGGAUAAAGCACCGCCACAAAAAGAUUUUUUGUUAAAUUUUGGGCACUUAGCAGCUGAUUCAGAUGCAAACUGGCUUGGUUUGGACACCUUUACUGCAGCUAAGGACCUAUCAAGCAGCACAUCAGUGGAACCUGGAUCCUCCCAUGAGCUGAUGUGUGAUGAAAAGAUGCUAUCAGAUGAGAGCGAUGAAGCCAAAUGCAAGAAGGUUGAAUCAAACCUUGAUAUCACUUCAGAGGACUUAAGCUCCGACUCCUCUGACUACUGUGGAGAGGGUGACGAAGAUGAGGAGGUAGUGGACGUUGAGACCGUAGAAGAAGUAAGACAAGGACUGGCCAUCGCUAAAAUGAAAGAAGCUGCCAGCAAGGCAUUACAGGAGUCACGAGAUUCCAGUGAUGACUUUGGAUCAGCGAGGGGACUCAACGUCCAGGAUCAAAUGGACGAUGGACAUGAUGAGUCUAAGGAUAAAAGGAGGCGAAAGAACCACACUGUGCUAGAAAGGCAAAGACGCUCUGAACAGAGGACCCUCUUCGACAAACUCCAGACUGUCCUUCAGAGUGACCCCAGGGCCCCCAGGCUCCGCCUCCUAGCAUUGGCCCUAAAAGAAAUCCAAAAUCUGGUUGAGACCUCAAAAUGUCUGGAGGAGAAGAAGAGGAGGCUGAUUCGGAUGCAGUCUGUCUAUGUGAAGGAGCUGUCCCUUUUGUCUGGGAAGUCCGAUACACUGAUUAAACACAAGCUGAAGGACAUCUGCGAGAGGCAGAAAAUGAGAGAAAAGACGAUGAAAUGGAGGCCUUUCUUUUCCCAUCUACUCCAGUCCCGAGCUGCUCUUCUGCAAGCCACUACUCCCAAGUCCAAGCCCCAACCCACGCCCCUGUUACAGCCUGACUUCGACAAGGCUCCGUCUCAGGCUCACCCACGUACAACUGCAGCCCAAAACAGUGUACAGACACCCAUGCCACAUUCUAUGGCCCAAGCAGUGUCCUCUCCAGCCCAGGCUGAGGUCACUGCACCCUCACCACAGGCAAGGAACCAGCCAGGUGAACCUGUGGCCUCAGGCCAAAGCAGUCAACAUCAGCUAAAGUUUGAGGGCCAACAGGAGAUACCUGCAGCCCCAGCCCAGGUCGUUAUGCCCAAUUUCCAGCCUAAAGUCUCCUCAGUUGUAGCUACACUUCAGGGCACCGCAGCCCAGGAUGGAGCCUCAGCCAUAUCCUCAGCACCCAAUUCCAACAACUCCUCUGUUUGCCCUCCACAGCCCUUUACUCUUCCUCUGAUUCGCUCCAAGACUGGCAGAAUCAUACUUCCCUCAUCUCUGAAACCAAUUGGUCAAGGCUUCUAUACACUCAUGGUUAUGGAAUCCAAGCAGAAAGGAGAGGAGGGUGAGGAUAGCAUUUCCAAGAACCAAGAGAAGAGUUUUACUGAAUCUGAUCACCCUUCAGAUUCAGAAAGCAGUCAUAUUUUGGAGGAGGACAAAACUGUACAAUCCUCAAACUCUGAACCAAAUCGUUCAAGUGUAACACCCCCCCUGGCUGAGCUUGCCCUCCUUAACAAAUCAAUCUCUGUGCCUUCAGUGGCUCUGCAAGCUGUGGAGAACAGCCAGGAGGGGGGCACAGUGGUGGGCUUGAACAAAACAGCGGCAACUGCCUGCUUGAGUUUUAAGCAUGUGCGUCAGAUUCCUACUUCUGUUGAGCCAGAGCCUGAUCCAAGCCCACCUGUAGUCCGCCGUCGCAGAGGCAGGCCUCGAAAGAACCCCGUUACCCCUGUUGGUGAAAAUGAAAAACAUACUGUUGUAGAGGACACCAGUGAAAGUGAAACAUCUAUUCUGGUUGAAGAGGGACAAAGUGAAAAAAUUACUUUGGAGGUGACCGAGACACAAGCAGAGGACACCACAGGAAGGGUUAGUGAUAACCCUGUGCCAGUCAAACGAGGCAGAGGAAGGCCUCCGAAGAAGAAGUCGGCACAACUGUGGAGUCCUCCGGUUAUGCGAGCAGGAAGGAGUCCAUCUAAAUCCAACGUGGACAGCCCUGUCAGACUGUCUCGUAGUUUUAAAAGCCCUGAUACUAAACCCAAGGAAAGUCCCGCAACCACCUUGCUUGAAAAUAUGAUCACAUCUCGGCCUUUAACCCGAGGUGCUUUAGGAAAGGACUUCCCCAGCGCCAAGAAACGCUCCUGGAUAGACAUAGAAAAGGAACUGGAACCAGAGCUUGAAUCUGAAUAGUCCUCACAUCUUCCUUUCACCACAAAAGCCAAUGCACACAGUCAUGUGACCUCAGUUAGUCUCAGAGCUUGAUGCUGCUCUUUUUUGUUAGCACAAAACUCAGUGGACCUUUUUUCAUACUAUAGAGAAAAUAUGUUUUUGGUAUAAUGAAUAUAAGAGAAAGCAUUAAUUGACCUGCUGAAUGUAUGAAUGAAAUGAAUGGUAACUCCCACAUUCAGUUUUGAUAUUGUGUUUUCUAAGAUGAGCUUAUUCUAUAACUGUCACCUACAUUCAUGUUUACUUCUCAUCAGAAACAGGAUAUUAAGAUUUAUUCAAAUUAAGUUUGUUCUUCAGUCAUUCAUUACCGAUCUGUCUUAUGCAAAUGAAAAUAAAACUGUACAGAUUGCGUAAAUCCAAUAUGUUAAGCCUUAAAGUGUAAGUGAAUUAUCUGUAUCCUCUUCAGACAACACACUGCUUCAUUAACUCUGUAAAAUGUAAAUGUUAACUUAUGUCUUUUCCAUUUUUAUUGAGAGGUAGUUUGAUAAUCUUCACUUUUGAAAUGCUUGUUUUCCAUUACUAAGUGAAAAUCAUCUGUAGUAGCACUUUAUGUUUUUGGUAGAAACCACCCAUGAUGUCUGAUGUCUUUGCUUUAGUCUGUAUAGUAACAGUAGUGAUCUGCAUUCUGGGGAGUUAGUUCAGUAAUAUAGCAUAUAAACCUGAUGUGUCACAAGCAAUCAAGAUAAAAAGCUAUUAACCAUAUAAUGUAUCUAUGAAAAUAAUCUCUGUGAAUAUUAUAUUUCUUUUUUAAUUCCAAUACAUUUACUUUGUAGAUUCUGAAACACUGGGUGUCCUGUUACUUCAGUUAAAUGGAAAAUGUGAAAAAUCAUGUGGCCUUUAAAAUAAAUUUAAAAAAAGAUUAUUUAUUAUGGCA